AUGUCCGUUGCCAAGGGAAAGAAAGUCUUCGUCCAGAAAUGCCAGCAGUGCCACUCGUACGCCGAGGGCGGCAAGCACGGCCAGGGACCCAACCUUUGGGGCCUCUGGGGACGACAAUCUGGCCAGGCUGAGAACUACUCCUACACUGAUGCCAACAAGAACUCUGGCAUCACCUGGAACGCCGAAAGCCUCGACGAGUACCUCAAGGACCCCAAGAAGAUGAUUCCAGGCACUAAGAUGGUCUUCGCCGGAUUGAAGAAGAAGGGAGACAGAAAGAACCUGAUCGCCUUCAUCGAAUCCCUGCAAUAA